AUGCCCCAUCUCAACGUUACCACUCUUUUCUCAAACUUCUCCAAUGGACCAGAAUCGGGGAAUCUGUACCGUCCAUUUUCUGUCUUCAGCGUCCUGACGCUCACACUCCUAGCCAUGCUCGUGGUGGCUACCUUUGUGUGGAACCUCCUGGUCCUGGUGACCAUCCUGAGGGUCCGGACCUUCCACCGUGUCCCCCACAACCUGGUGGCCUCCAUGGCCAUCUCGGACGUGAUGGUGGCCGGUCUGGUGAUGCCGCUGAGCCUGGUGCGGGAACUCUACGGCCGGCGCUGGAUCCUGGGCCGGAUCCUCUGCCAAGUCUGGAUCUCUUGCGACGUCCUCUGCUGCACAGCCAGCAUCUGGAACGUGACUGCCAUAGCCCUCGACCGCUACUGGUCCAUCACGCGGCACCUGGAGUACACGCUCAAGACCCGCAAAAGGAUCUCCAACGUGAUGAUCGGACUGACCUGGCUCCUGUCCUCCGUCAUCUCCCUCUCGCCGCUCUUUGGCUGGGGAGAGACGUACUCUGAGGAGGCUCUGGCCUGCCAGGUGAGCCAGGAACCUUCCUACACCGUCUUCUCCACGUUUGGGGCCUUCUACCUGCCUCUCUGCGUGGUGCUCUUCGUUUACUGGAAGAUCUACAAGGCUGCCAAGUUCCGCAUCGGAUCCCGCAAGACCAAUACCAUCAUGCCCAUGUCGGAAGUUAUUGAGGUGAAAGAGGCCAGUCAGCAGCCUCAGAUGGCCUUCACCGUGCGCCACACGGCCGUGUCCUUCCAGACGGAGGGUGAGACGUGGCGGGAGCAGAAGGAGCGGCGGGCGGCGCUGAUGGUGGGCAUCCUGAUCGGGGUCUUCGUCCUCUGCUGGAUCCCCUUCUUCCUGGCCGAGCUCAUCACUCCGCUGUGCUCCUGCGACAUCCCUCCGGCCUGGAAAAGCGUCUUCCUGUGGCUGGGCUACUCCAACUCCUUCUUCAACCCGCUCAUCUACACGGCCUUCAACAAGAACUACAACAGCGCCUUCAGGAACCUCUUCUCCAGGCAGCGCUGAGUGACCAUGGCAGAGCGAAGGGCUGCGAUGAGUCAACAAAGACGAUUAGUUGUAAAACGAUGUC